UCAGAUGGUGCAAUGGUAUGAAAGGUGAUGAGUUUACAGUUACUGCAAAGUUACGGCCCAGAAGAUAACGACGAAACCGAAAGUGAAUCUUCUCCAAAUGACGAUAGUCAGCCUGAUUGUGAAAGAUAUUGCAACGGCAAUACUUUUCAUAAAGCGGAAAGCAAUACAAGAAAUCUAGAAAAGCUAUCUGAAAAUGAAUUGAGCCAAAAAACAAGCAAUGGAUGUAAAGAGGAACCGAUAACUGCAAUACCGAUAACUGCCAUUAGGAAAAAUAGUUCCUAUCAAAUUGAAAGCGUCCCGUUUGAUCGCGGAGAUUUGGAUUUUUUGAAUGAUUAUCAAAAUUUAAUGGAUAAUUAUUCUUCUAUAGAAACACAAAGCUACUGCCAGAAAUAUGAGUUUAAUCUAGCACGCGAACCUGACUUCAAACAAAAUCAAGAACUGGAACGCUUCAAGGAACGGGAAAUUAAUUCCGAAAUUGCGCGUGAACAGAAUAAAAAUGGUAAACUAAAACGUGAACUUAAUCCGAAUAGUAGUUGUGAACUUAAUAACAGCGAAACAAGAAAGGUCAAAAGAGUUCGUACUUUCGAACACGAAGUUGGAAAUUGGAGUUCUUUUUUCUACGUUCCAUAUCCGAAUUCGACCGAUUUGCUGAAAAUUCUACAACCGCAUUUGUCCAAGUUCGAAUCUGAGGGGUUCUUUCUAUGCAAAGAUUUCCAUAUAAGCUUAUCCAGAACUUUAGUCUUGAAGCAUUUCAUGAUAGACUCCGUGUUUUUGUCUAUGAAACCAUUGUUGUUUAAACUUAACUCCGCGCAAUGUUUGUUGGAAGGAGUUAAACCCUUUCAAAAUGACGAAAAAACAACCAGUUUUAUUUCAUUGACUGUAGCUACAGGAUCAAAUUUACUCAACCAAAUCAUUGAUAUUAUCAACAAAAAAGUUUGCGAUGUGUACAAAUUUCCUCAUUUUUACGAAAAUCGUGAUUUGCAUAUGAGUUUGUUCUGGAAAAAUGGACCAAUAGACGAAGUUGCGUUCCAAUUAGCCAGAGAUCUGGAUCAAAUUUUGGACCAAUAUACAGCGGAGCAAGGCACAAUGUACUUCAGUGCAGUGUACGAUGACGUUUUGACUUUUGAAAUUGAAGAAGUCAUUUUUAAAUCAGGAUGCAAAACUAUGUUACUACCACUGAACUGUAUAUAAACUUGAUUGUCUCAGUAUUUUAAGUUGCAAGUAGAAUUCAAAAGUUUCAAUAUUUACCGUUUUGC